UACGCACGACUUUAUCCGGAUGUUUGCAACGAAUAUUUUGUAAACUACGACAUGCCGCGACUCUAUUAAUCGCGCCCGUCGCGACUAUAAAAGCGAUUGGUCCGUUAGAAGGCGAUCGUUAACUCGCCAUAGUCCCUUGGAAAUCAUUCUUCUUCGAAAAGUCGAUUAUCCAUUUGUGUAAAGAUGCAACUCCUCGCUUUUGUGCUGCUGUCGCUCUUUCUGCGGGUUCACUGUGGUUCCCUCGCUAAAUCAGAAUUGACAGAGAGCCAAGCUGACUUAGGCCAACAGAGAAGUGCUCGAGUUCACAGGAUCGCCGAAGAUGAACUCCCUGGAAACGAGAACGCUCGUGCGAAAAAUGCCACGAACGAAGAGACAGUUAAAGAAAUACCUUCACCUGGGAGCCAGAAACUCGAUAAAUUUUUAUCGGAUCUACCUAAUUUUGUCGAGGUAAUGCAAUCCCAGGCAGAAUUGUUCAAAGUGUUCAAGUGCAUCUUGAAAGAGCUGUCGCGGGAGGGAACCAUCGCCAUGAAGUAUGUUGACCCCGUGAAUAAUGAGAUGACGGACGCUACAGCGUCAUCAGUGUCCAUUAAACUGGCCUCGAAGAACAUUAACGGUCUCAGAAAUCUCCUUAAUUCUCCGGAAGAGCUGAAUAUUCAUUACCUGGACGGCCAGAAUGGCGAGAAACAGCUGUCAGAAGGAUACGAAGACGGUCUAAAGUCAUUUUUAGCUUCCCAAAUUGAAACAUCAAACGACCCAGAGUUGAAGACAGUGAAGAACAUAGCCCAAUACUUGGACAACAUCCUGAUGGAGGCUCAGAACCUCAUAAUUCACAUUCGAAACAUAUUCGAAAGCCUUUGCAGAAAACAUCAUUCCCACUCCAACUCGUCGUCUCUACCAGAAGUCAAUAAUCCUGGAAACAUCGCUUCAACUGAUCAGCCCAAGAAAGUAUCGAUACUCUGACUACUCCUAAACCAUUUCUAUAACAUUUUUAACGAAACAAGUAUUGUCCUAACUCGUGAAAAAUUCAAGCUAUUAUAACGUUAAUACUGCAAUAAAAAUGAUCCGUCGAUUUUUAAGUGCACAGCAUGAUAACAAAACUGGUGGUGUUUAUUUUUUAAACUUUAAACAUUUUAUAAACGCAAUUGAAAUUUGAGUUUUCUAAUCUUAUUAUCAACAAGUUAAAUAUUCCGAUGAAACUAACUUGCAAACUUCAUUUCUGAUUGUUGAGAAAGUUUGAUCGAUUCCAUUCCGUAGCCGUUAGCGACGAGAAAGAAACCAUCGCGACGGUUCUCGUUAACAUUUGCCUCUCGUGAAACGGGUAAGUUUAUUGUUACUGUAAAUCACGGACAAUUAUAACAAUGGAAUACAGCAGGCAUAGCCUAAUUCAGGUAAACUCCACCCAAAGGAGGGCUUAGAUUUGCUUGAAAGUGAAGAUACGUACAACGAAUUGACACGAGUGCUGCUUUGCUACUAUGUUUUGCAAAAUUAAAGGUUGCUGAAACGUGUGAUUAUCGAUUAAUUAAACGAACAUUCCCAUUUUCAAAUAAAGUAUUGAAACUGGAAAUAAAUGUGCCAAGUAUUUAUUCACAAAAAAGUAUUUUGUUUUUAUAUUUAAUAUAAACAAGAAUAUUGAGAAUUACAAUUUUCGCCCAUGCUUUCUAUACUUUGUUUGAAUUUUUGUUUAUAAAAUAUUCGUCGAAGAAGCUGCAAUACCAUUUGCAAGCAACAUGUUCAUGUCUCUAUCACGCAGUUUCUUAACCGAACGCUAUGAACAAUCGCGUGCGCCUAUUAAUCGCGUGUAAGGGAAGCUCGAGAAUCUAAAUCAGAACCUCGAAGGUGGUUUGUUAUCGUGACGCGAUUCAAUCUGGUGUGAAAUUGCACCUCCAAUAUCCGAAUAUAAACCUAUCGAUUCGAUUGCUCGAGUUCAAAUUCUCUCAAUUAGUGAGACGAAUUAUCAUAAAUAAUUUUUCGAUUAU